AUGUCAUCGGAGCGCGCUUUCCAGAAGCAGCCUCACAUCUUCCAGAACUCCAAAGUCAAGGCCAAGAGCGCCCGGCCCGGCAAGGGUGGACGACGAUGGUACAAGGACGUUGGUCUGGGUUUCCGUACCCCCAAGACCGCCAUUGAGGGCAACUACAUCGACAAGAAGUGCCCUUUCACCGGCCUUGUCUCGAUCCGCGGCCGUAUCCUGACCGGCACCGUCGUUUCCACGAAGAUGCACCGCACCCUCAUCAUCCGAAGAGAAUACCUCCACUUCAUCCCCAAGUACUCUCGUUAUGAGAAGCGCCACAAGAACCUCGCCGCCCACGUCUCCCCCGCUUUCCGUGUCGAGGAGGGUGACCAGGUCACCGUUGGCCAGUGCCGCCCCCUGAGCAAGACUGUCCGAUUCAACGUCCUCCGCGUCCUUCCCCGAACCGGCAAGGCCGUUAAGAAAUUCAGCAAGUUCUAA